CCUAAACAGACCAAGCACAAACCUUCUGACCUUGGUUGCUUGUGAUUAGCUGACCUCUACAUUGCCUUAGUGGCUCAUCCUAGGAUUUUAUUCUUACAAUCUGCUGUCACCGCGCGAACGUUAUCCUCAGUUUAGGAACGCGAGGACAUUUGGGAAGUUAGCAAGUUCCUGUCUAAUCUAUUUCCCCGGGGCCCUUAGAAUCAGCUCGAAUCCCGAAAGUGGCAAAGUCACAUAUUCAUCCAAGUGGCUCGAGCCGAGAAUGAACCGCAGCGAGCUGCUGCGGGAGCUGCAGCGGCGGGAGGAGCUGUAAGCCUGACCCGUCCGACCAGCUCAGAAACGCAAGCAGCGAGCAGGUCAUAGGUCAAGCAGCGAUCACCUCAACAGUCAAACUGCGAUCACCUCAACAGUCGAACAGUGAUCGCUUGGAAUGUCAGGCAGGAGCAUGAACCGCAGCGAGAUGCUGCGAGAGCUGCAGCGGCGGGAGGAGGAGGCCGCGCGGGAGCAGCUGCUGCUGCUGCGGCGAAUGCGAGAGGCGGAGAGGGAGCGGACCCGGGAGGCGCACGCGGACAGGGGGACGGAGGAGGCGGGGGAAGGAGGGGGAGGGAGAGGGCAGGAGCUGCAACACGGGCGGCAGCAGCAGCAGCAGCAGCAGCAGCAGCACGGGCAGCAGCAGCAGACGGAGCAGGUGUAUUACGACUUCAGUCGCAUUCGCCCCCGCGAGCCGUCGCCUCCUAGGCUCCCCAGGGAUGCUCUCCCGUGGAUGCUUAUAGCGGGGGGCGCUGUUGCGGCAGCAGCGGUGGUGCACCACAAGCGCCAGCGUGGCAGGCAGCGGCACGUCCGGGCGGAGUCUGUUGUCGGCUCCUCAGGUCCCCCGCUUGGCGCAUGCUCCGCUCCCCUAUUCUCCCCCCAUGGGCCCCCAUUCUCCCCGCAUGCACCGCACUCCGCCUUCCCCCCUUCCGCCUUCCCCCCUGCCUCUCCGCCAAGGCGCUCCCAUAGGUCUCCAAUUGCUUCCGCCCCCCACUCCUCCGCCUCCUCCGCCCGUUCCCUCGCCUCCUGCCCUGGCGGCUCACCCUGUUAUAAGCACGGCGCCCCCUCCUCCUGCAAUCACAGCGCGCGUUCGUUCACUGGCGAUUGCCGCGUUAGAGGGACGCCUGGUAGGGGAACGCCUGUUGGAACGCUCGUUAGAGGAACUCCCGCUACUGCCACCUCCCCACAGAAGCAGCUGUCAGGGGCGAAUUCGGCAAGGACAGAAAGACCCAGUGGCAAUAAUGAUGGUGGCAGUAGCGGAAAUGGAUUCGGAUUUGGUGCUGCUGGUGGAAGUGGUGCUGCUAGUGCUGCUGGUGCUGCUGGUGCUGCUGGUGCUGCUGGUGCUGGUGCUGGUGCUGCUUGUGGGAGGCCUUUCUUGGGUGGUGCAGCCGAAUAUGGGGUCACCAUUGCCAGGAGGGCUGGCGUGUUGGCUGCAAAUGGAGCGAGAGAAGGGGAAAGGGACGGGAGUAGGGGCGGCGGAGAGAGCGAUGCGGUGGACGGGGGAGAGCAGCAGCGGAUAGAGAUGGGACAGUCAGGGCCAUUGAAGGGGGCAGGUGAAGGUGAGAAAGCUGCGUUGGAGAUUACUACAGGUUUCUGUGGGGGGGACAUGCUUGUUGGCUCUGUUGCUGAAUCUUCUCUUCUCUUCUCUGCUGCUGCUGCCACUGUUUUCCCUGCAGGGACCCCUGUUUGGAAGAGGCACACCCGAUUGCGUACUGCUGCUCACAGGCACACUGCUGCAGUCUCUGUUGCCAGUGCUGCGGCCGCCAGCGGCGCUGCUGUCACCAGUGCCGCUGCAGCUUCUCCAGCUUCUGCGGCCAACGCCCCUGCCACUGCUGGGUCUACACAAGGCAGCUCAGCCACUCUGCCGUUUGCACCCUCUCCCUCCCCUUUCACUGCCGCUCCCUCCCCUUUAACUGCCGCUCCCUCCCCUUUCACUGGCGCUCCCUCCCCUUUAACUGCCGCUCCCUCCCCUUUCACUGGUGCUCCCUCCCCUUUCACUGGCGCUCCCUCCCUUUUCACUGGCGCUCCCUCCCCUUUCACUGGCGCUUCCUCCCCCUUCACUGGCGCUCCCUCCUCCUUCAUUGGCGCUCCCUCCCCCUUCACAGGUGCUCCCCUGUUUGCCUCACCUGCCGCAGCUUCAUCGUCGCCCAUGCUGCAUGCGUCUCCUUGUUUGAAUCCUGGGUCGGAGUCCGUCAAUACACACCCACAGGCUGCGCUCCCUUCGCCCUCACCUGCUCCUGCACCUGCUCCUGCCGUUCUGCUUACUGGCCCAUCUGCUGUUCGUACCGACGAUGCCACAGCAGGGAACAACGCAUUCGAUACCGUUGCUACGGUGGAUAACGCGACGUUGAGUAAUGCGUUGAAGGGGGAUGGCGUGCCUGCGCUCUCUGGGCUGUCGCUCUCGUCAUCGUCCUCAGCGCUGCUGCCAGCAGGCGCUGUACUGGAGGCCCAGGGGGGAGGAGCAGCAGCAGCAGCAGGGGGAGGAGGAGGAGGAGAUGGUGGGAGUGUUGGAGGCGGCACUCCUCUCAAGGAACUCGCACUGGAGUCCGUGUCAGCUUCAGCAGCGGAUAGCAGUGCUGCCGCUGCUCGUGGUACUGCUGCUGCUGCUACUGCUGCUGCUGCUGAUGCAACUGCCGCUACUGGCGGUGCUGCCACGCCAGCAGAACCGGGAGUCUUGGGAGGCAGGCAAGCAGGAGCAGCAACGCGAACAGCAACAGGAGCAGCGGCAGCAGCAGCGAACGCGGCACAGUGGCAGUUUGGCGGCAAGGCAGCAAGAACAGCAACUGCAGAUGCAGGGUCGCAAUCGGACCUCUCAGGUCAUCAGCCAACAGUGUUUCAGUUUGGGAGAGGAAAUGCACUCCAUUCAGCAAUGGCUCCUGCUGCUGCUGCUGCUGCUGCUGCUGGGACGGGGAGUGCGUUCCAUUCUGCUGCUUCCAACAGUGCUGUCACCCCCCUGUUCGUCUCCUCUCCCUGCCUCUUCUCUUCCUCCCCCACUCCUCUCUUCUCCGCCUCUCCUGCAGCUCACUCUCCUGCUUUCACUGGCAGCAGCAGCAGACCCACGCCGCCGGCUGGUAUUACCAGCAACAGCAGCAGCAGCAGCCGGGCCACGCCUCUGUUUCGAAGGGAGGAGUUUCAGCGGCUGAGAGCGCAGUUGAAACGCCGGGAUGAGAUGAUACUGGACAUGCAGGCGCAGAUGAAACGGUUGGAGCAGGAGAAGGAACGCAUGGGGAAGAGGGUGGAUGGGGGAGUGGGAGGGGCGGAGGGAGGGGAUGCGUCUGCUUCUUCUCUUGCGGCUGGGGGAUUAAAUAGCAUGGAGGCUUUGCUUGCAGCGGAGAGGGCAGCGAGGCACGAAGCCGAGAAACAGGCGGGCCAGCUGAAGGCUGAGCUGGAAAGGCUCGCUGCUGAGCUGGCAUCUGAAAAGGCGGGAGCUGUUCAGCAGGAAGGUGAAGCGGAAGCUUCCCGUGGGGGUGCAAGGGAGGUGGAAGGGGGGGUGGAAGGGCGAGAAGGGAGUGCGAAGGACAGUAAGGGGGGAAUAGAGGAGCAAGGACUUAGGCAUGGGCGUGGGCAGAGGCAUAUUCGUCGGCAAAUGUUGAGGCAAGGGCAUGGGCAUGGGGAUGGGCAUGGGGGAGGGUUUGAGAGGAAUGGAGUGAGAGCAGGGGCUGGGGAGGAUGUGGGGUCUAAUGCUGUGGGCAGCUCUGGGUACGAUAGUGGCUCCAGUAGAGGCAGUGACAGUAACGAGGGGAGUGGUAGGGGAGGAAGGCGAAGAGGGGUUCGAUUUGUGGUGGGGGAAGAGGUGGAGGGUAGGAAGGAGGAGGACAGAGAAGGGAAGAGAGAGGGGAAAGAGGAGGAGGAGGAGGAAGAAAGGGCUGGUGAUUUUGAUGGUGGGAGUGACGGUGGGAGUGAUGGGGCGGGGAUGAUAGCAGAGGCUGUGGCUGCAGUGAUGGAAUCAGCUCGGGAGGAGAUAGAGCAGGUCAAGGCCACUGCGAAGACUGCAGCUGACGAGGCUUAUGCUAAAGGGAGGGAGGAGGGGAGGAAGGAGGGGAGGAAGGAGGGGAGAGAGGAGGCGAGGAGGGAGGGGAUGGAGGAUGUGAGAUUGGAUGGGAGGAUUGAGGGGAGGAGAGAAGGGAGAGAGGAGGGUAGAGAGGAGGCGAGGAGGGAGGGAAGAGAGGAGGGGCGAUUGGGAGGGAUUGAGGAAGGGAGGAGGGAAGGGAGAGAGGAGGGGAGGGCAGAGGGGAUGCAGGUUGCAAGGGAGGAGUUGGAGGAAGCUGCGAGGAAGGUACGGGAGCUGGAGGAGCGAGUUGCUAGAGCUGAGGACAUGGUCCUGAUGAACAGUGGAGGGGGCAAUGGGGCAACCCACGAUGGCAUGAACAGUGCCAUGAACAGUACCAUUAACAGUGCCUUAAACGAUGGUCCAAACAGUAACCUACACGUGGCUGUUUCUGACGUUGCAGCUGCAGCUGUGGCCAGUCUGCAGGCCCUAGAGCAGCAGGUGAGGGAGGGGGAGGAGAGGGAGAGGGAAUGGCAGCAGAAACUUGCAGCAGCAGAGCAAGGGAGGGACGCGUUGCAAGGUAAAGCAGUAGCAGCAGCAGAGGCAGCGGCGGCAGCAGCAGAGGCGGUAGCAGCAGCAGCUGAGGAAGAAGCAGCAGCAGGGAGGGAGGCGCUUAGAUUAGCUGAGCGGAUGCUUGGGGAGGCGAGGGAGAGGGAGAGCGAGAGGGAGAGGGAGUGGCAGUGCAAACUUGCAGCAGCAGAGCAAGAGAGGGAGGCGCUGCAGGCGAAAGCCGUAGCUGCAGCUGCAGCAGAGGCAGAAGCAGCAGCAGUGAGGGAGGCGCUGAGAGGAGCGGAAAAGGUGGAGAGGGAGGGGAGGAGGUGCAGGGAGCUGGAAGGGGAGGUGGAGAGGGAGAGGAGGAGGUGUGUGGAGCUUGAAGAGGAGGUGGAGAGCGGUGAGGAGAGGUGGAGGGAGUUGCGAGAGGAGGUGAGGAGAGAGAGGAAGAAGGCCGAGAGGGAGAAGGCAGAGAAGGAGAGGGCGAGGGAGAAUGGUGAGAGAGAGAGGGUGGUUGUGGAACGAGAGAGGGAGGCGGCAGAAAGGCAAGCGGAGGAUGCCAGGCUCGUGUUGCAGCAGUUUGAGCAGCUGGCUGCUGCUGUGGUGGAAACGGUGGCUGCUGGGAGCAGGAAGAGGUAUGCGGAGGUACAGAUAGUGGGAGAGAUGAAGGGGGAGAGACAUGGGGAGGGGCGGGGAGGAGAGGAGACAGAGCAGGCAACGCUCGUGUUGCAGCAGUUUGAGCAGCUGGCCGCUGCUGUGGUGGAAACGGUGGCUGCUGGGGGCGGGGAGAAGGGUGGGGAGGGAGAGAAGGUGCUGAAACAGACGAAGCAGGAGAGGGGAGAGGACGGGGGCGGAGGAGAGGAGAGGAGUGUGAGGGAGAGUGAGGAGCUCAAGAGGUGGGUGCGUGAGCUGGAAGUCACGAUUGAGGAAGCUUCUGUCAAAGAGAGGUACAUGAUGGAAAUAGCAGCGAUUGCCAUGGAGUCGGCAGUGGGUGAGGUGGUAACAAGGGCGGUAACAAGGGCGGUAACAAGGGCAGAGGCUGUGACAGAGGCAGAAGCAUCUGAGAAGGAGAGGUACAUGAUGGAAAUAGCAGCGAUUGCUUUGGAAGGGGUAGUGGAGGCGGCGGUUAGGCAGGCAGUGACUGAGGCCGAGGCUCGGAUGCACAACACUGAGGAACUGGUUCGGGAUGAGGUUUGGGCCGAAGCAGAGAAGAAGGCUCGGGAGAAGCUGGCUGUGGCAUGGGCUGCUGUUACCAAAGCAGAGGCUGCUGUUGAGUCCAGGAGUGCUGCGGUGGACGAGGAGGGAAGAGUGAGGGUGGGAGAGAUGUUUAGGCAGGAGGAGGGGUUGAGGGAGAGGGAGGAGAGGGUGAGGGAGGGAGAGGAGAAGUUGGAGGAGGAUGUGGGGCUCUUAGAGGAGGCGCUCAGGCGGAGGGACGAGCAAGUGUUUCUCUUAGCUAAGCGAGGCGAGGAGUUGCGUGCAAGAGAGGAGGAGGUAGAGCAGAGAGAGCAGGAGGUGAGAAGGAGGGAGGAGGAAGAGAGAGGGGAAGGGGGGGCGGUGGCGAGUGGAGGGGACGUGGAGAGGACAGAGACGGGUAGGGCGAUGGAGGUGGCAGCAGCAAGGGAGGCUGCUCGUGCUGCUCAUGCGGCUGCUGCUGCUGCCGCGAGGAGAGUAGUGGAGGAGAGAGAGAGGUGCCGGGAGCUGGGGGAGGAGAUGGAGAGGAGGGGGGAGAGGGAGGAGGAGAGAGUGCGGGGGAUGGUUGAAGUGGGUGCGGUGGUGCUUGAAGCGGCAGUAGAGGAGGCUUUGAGGGUGGCGAUUGAGAGAGAGAGGGGGAGAGAGAAUGUGAGGGAGAGUGAGAGGGAGAGAGUGAGGGAGCGAGUGAGGGUGAGGCAAAGGGAGAGGGAGAGGGAACGGGAGAAGAAGAGGGAGAGGGUCAGGGAGAGGAUGUGCAUAAGGGAAAGGGUGAGGAUGAGGAUGAGGGAGAGGGAGAGCCAGAGAAGACGAGUGAGGGGGAGCGAGGAGGAGGCAGAGGGAGAUGGGUUGUUUCUAAGCCACAAAUAUUCCGGUAAUGCUGGUGCUGACAGCGUUGGCUCUACUUUUGAGCAGAAGGGGCAGCUGAAAGCAGCAACCCGUUUGAGUGAAAGCCAGCUGGAGCAAGCGUGCCUGAGUGCGGUGGUGACUGCGGCUAUUGAGGCGACUGCAGAACAAGCUGCAGCCAUGGCUGUAGCAGCAUUUGUAGCAGCACCGUUAGCUGGGGAGGAGGUGGAGGGAAGGGGAAGGAAGGAAGAAGGGGAAGAAGGGGAAGAGUGGGAGGAGGAAGCAGAUGAGGAGGCGGAGGGGGCAGAGGAGGAGGAGGGGGAAGAGGGGGGGGAGGGGGAUGACGUGGACAGUAUGCUUGAGGAGCUCAUGGGUAUGGCUGACCGCGGAGGGGCAGGUGGGGAGGACGACGAUGAUGAAGGGGAGAGCAGGCCGAGGAGUCAUGUGGCAUGGAAUGGUGGCAAUGGUGGCUGGAGUGCUGGCAUCCUGGAUGGUAAUGCCGGUGAUAGCGGUGGCUUGAAUAGCGGUGGUGGGGGUGAUGACGGUGCCAGUAGUGGUGACAAGGAUGCUAGUAGUGGUGAUGCUCAUGAUGAUGGUGAUGGUUGUAGCAGUGAUGACGGCAGUAUCAGUAGUGACGACGCUAGUCAUGAUGACGAUGACGAGGAUGAGGAUGAGGAUGAGGAAGGUGCGCGGAAGCAGGUGGAGAGGAGCAUAUUUGCAGCGCUGGAGGAGAUGAAGAAGUGGAGUGCAGGGGCCUCAGCCUCAGCCUCAGCUUCAGCCUCAGCCUCAGCCUCAUCCCAGGAAUGUGGCUCCGGAGCCCCAUUGACUCAGUGCAAGGAAGAAAUUGUCACUGUGAGUGACAGUAGCAGCCUCAUUGCAACGCCACCGCGGGUACAGCAACCCACGCCGCCAUCGCAUCACAACGGCAGCACCACCCUCAGCAGAAGCCAGUCCGGGGUUCCUUCCUCAUCCGUCCCUCUUGUCGGCCCCUUGUCUGCCCCACAAGCCAAGCACUCUACGUCCGCAUCCUCCUCCCCCAUCCUCCGUUCCUCCUCCUCCCCUCUCUCCCGAACCGGUGCGUCAGCCUCGGGAUCGCGGAGGCGGCACCUGCGGCCCGUGCGCCUGUUUGGUUCGGGUGAGGGACAAAGCGAAACAAUGUCCAGCUGUGGCUCCUUGGAAGGGGCUCACUUGGAUGAGAUCUCACAGCUCCUGCAAAAGUUCACCAUAGGAGCCUCUAAUCCAGAUGCUGACGAUGGCCAUAAGAACUGACAUGGGACGGACCCUUCCACUACAAGGCGAGGCGGAGCAGAUAUGUUGCUUCACAAAAAAAAAACACGAUAAUAGUCUAAUUUAAUGCGAGGGUGUACAUGCUAGGCUGUGCUCUCUUUUAACUUGCUAGUUACCCUUCUCUACCAUAAUACAAAGUUAU